AUGCCCGAAAGUGAGGAGGGCUGUUGGGUGCUGAAUGAGCGAGGGCUGCUGCGGGGCCCGCAGAGCUGCAGAGUUCCUAGUAGUUCAGUGUGUUGGGGGGCUGAUGCUGCUGCUUUCCUCCUUCAGACCCUCCAACUUACCUUACGGCAUUGCCUACUUCAAAAGAGGGUUUCCAGUCGGGUUUGCGGCCUCCGGAAAGCUCGCUGUAUAUGGUCUAGAGUUUUGUUAGCAAAUAAAUAUUGGGCUCCUCACGUGAAGAAGAAAUUGUCCUUUGAUCCAAAGGUUAUUGAAGACGUGUACACAAAAGAAAUUGUCAAGUCAAAAUUUGCUAUUAGAAAGAUAAUGCUUCUUGAAUUCAGCCAGUAUCUUGAAAAUUACCUAUGGAUGAAUUAUUCUCCAGAGGUGUCCAGUAAGGCAUAUUUAAUGUCAAUCUGCUGUAUGGUGAAUGAGAAGUUCAGAGAGAAUGUCCCAGCGUGGGAGACGUUCAAAAAAAAGCCAGAACACUUUCCCUUCUUCUUCAAAUGCAUCCUGGAAGAAUCGCUGGUUGAAAGUGACAGUGAAUUCUCUCUACAUGAACAGACAGUCCUACUGCUUUUCCUUGAUCACUGCUUCAGUAGUUUGGAAGUGGACUUGAUCAGAGGCCAGGUGCAGCAACUCAUUUCUUUACCCAUGUGGAUGGCUCUGCAACCUAAACGUCUGGAACGGGAACUGAAAAAGACGCCAAAGCUAAGAAAAUUCUGGAAUCUCAUAAAGAAAAAUGAUGAGAAAAUGGACGAAAAAGCAAGAAUGCAAGCAUAUCGGGAGAGAAGAUUUCUUUCACAGCUUAUUCAGAAAUUCAUUUCUGUGCUAAAAUCAAUACCUGUCUCAGGUCCUAUAUCUAUGGACAAAGUUCAUUAUUGUGAGAGGUUCAUUGAACUCAUGAUAGAUCUUGAGUGUUACCUGUCUAGUCUUGCCAAGAGAGAGAAGGAGGGUCACCUCUUCUGCCAGCUUUUAGACAUGCUGAAAUUCUACACUGGCUUCGAAAUCAAUGAUCAGACUGGAAAUGCUUUGACAGAGAAUGAGAUGACAACAAUUCAUUAUGACAGGAUUACAUCUUUACAGAGAGCAGCAUUUGCACAUUUCCCAGAGCUUUAUGACUUUGCACUCUCAAAUGUAGCUGCAGUAGAUGCUCGUGAGUCACUAGUGAAGUUUUUUGGACCUCUCAGCCCCAACGUGCUCCACCAGGUGGCGUCGCACCUGUGCCUGCUGCCCGCGCUGCCCGAGGGCGGCGACACGGCCCACGACAAGGAGUUCCUGCUGGAGCUGCUGGUUUCCCGUCAUGAGCGACGAAUAUCUCAAAUUCAGCAGCUCAAUCAAAUGCCCCUUUACCCCACAGAGAAGAUUAUUUGGGAUGAAAAUAUUGUCCCAACGGAGUAUUAUUCUGGAGAAGGUUGUCUUGCACUUCCCAAGCUGAAUUUACAGUUUCUGACUCUUCACGACUACCUGCUUAGGAACUUCAACCUGUUCCGGUUAGAGUCUACCUACGAGAUCAGACAGGACAUUGAAGACAGCGUCAGUAGGAUGAAGCCAUGGCUCUCGGAAUAUGGAGGUGUGGUCUUUGGUGGAUGGGCUCGGAUGGCCCAGCCCAUUGUCUCCUUCACAGUGGUGGAGGUGGCAAAGCCCAAUAUUGGUGAAACGUGGCCUAUGCGAGUGCGAGCAGACGUCACGAUUAACCUGAACGUCCGCGACAGCAUCAAGGAUGAGUGGGAAGGUCUGCGUAAACAUGAUGUCUGUUUUCUGAUUGCGGUCCGUCCCACCCAACCCUACGGCACUAAGUUUGACCGACGGCGACCUUUUGUUGAGCAGACUGGCCUGGUGUACGUCCGAGGCUGUGAAAUCCAGGGCAUGCUGGAUGAGAAAGGACGUGUUAUUGAAGAAGGACCUGAACCCAAGCCAAGACUUAGAGGGGAGUGCAGAACAUACAGAGUAUUUUUGGAUCCAAACCAAUAUCAACAAGAUAUGACCAACACAAUUCAGAAUGGAGCAGAAGAUGUGUAUGAGACAUUUAAUAUAAUAAUGAGAAGAAAACCAAAAGAAAACAAUUUCAAGGCUGUUCUGGAAACUAUUAGGAAUUUGAUGAACACGGAUUGUGUGGUCCCUGACUGGCUGCAUGACAUCAUUCUUGGAUAUGGAGACCCAAGUAGUGCACACUAUUCAAAAAUGCCAAAUCAGAUUGCAUCUCUGGAUUUUAAUGACACUUUUCUCUCCAUUGAUCACUUAAAAGCCAGCUUUCCUGGAUAUAAUAUUAAAGUGACUGUUGACAAUCCAGUUCUUCAGAUACCCCCGUUCAGGAUAACUUUCCCAAUAAAGGGAGGUAAAGGAAAGAAAAGAAAAGAAGAGGAUGGAGAUGAAGAAAAACCUGAGGAAGCUAAAACAUUGAUUGUAGAACCUCAUGUCAUUCCAAACAGGGGACCUUAUCCGUAUAACCAACCAAAACGCAAUACUAUUCAAUUCACCCAUACUCAGAUUGAAGCUAUACGAGCAGGAAUGCAGCCUGGGCUAACUAUGGUAGUGGGUCCACCUGGUACUGGAAAAACUGAUGUAGCAGUCCAGAUAAUAUCCAAUCUUUAUCAUAAUUUUCCAGAACAGCGAACUCUUAUAGUUACCCACUCUAAUCAGACAGAGAAGGAUUUCAGCAGAUAUGGAAGAGUUAAUUAUGUCCUUGCUCGAAGACUUGAGCUGCUACGAGAAGUUGGGCGAUUGCAAGAGAGUCUUGGAGUCCCAGGAGAUGUUUCUUACACUUGUGAAACAGCUGGACACUUCUUCUUAUACCAAGUAAUGUCUCGUUGGGAGGAAUAUAUCAGUAAAGUGAAAGUCAAAGGUGGAAAACAGCCUGAUGUUGCAGAUGUUUCCAGAUUCUUUCCUUUCCACCAGUACUUUGCAAAUGCUCCUCAGCCAAUUUUCAAAGGUGAAUCUUACGAAGAAGAUAUGGAAAUUGCUGAAGGGUGUUUCCGACAUCUUAAGAAAAUAUUUGCCCAGCUUGAGGAGUUUAGAGCAUUUGAACUUCUCCGCAGUGGCCUGGAUAGAUCCAAAUACCUCUUGGUGAAAGAAGCAAAAAUUAUUGCCAUGACCUGUACUCACGCUGCUCUGAAAAGACAUGACUUGGUUGAAUUAGGUUUCAAGUAUGACAACAUCUUAAUGGAAGAGUCUGCUCAGAUCUUGGAGAUAGAAACCUUUAUACCCCUCCUGCUGCAGACUCCUGGAAUGCUGAGUAUUUUUUCCCUUCAACAACAUUAAUUCAUCAUUCAUCAUCAGUUGCCACCAGUCAUAAAGAACAUGGCUUUUCAGAAAUACUCCAACAUGGAGCAGUCCCUUUUUACGCGGUUUGUUCGUGUGGGAGUACCAACUGUUGAUUUGGAUGCACAAGGCAGAGCAAGAGCAAGUUUGUGUAACCUCUACAAUUGGCGUUACAAGAAUCUAGGUAAUCUGCCUCAUGUGCAGCUUCUGCCCGAGUUUAGAACAGCCAACGCUGGGCUCCUGUAUGACUUCCAGCUAAUAAACGUGGAAGACUUCAAUGGCGUGGGAGAGUCUGAACCCAAUCCUUAUUUCUAUCAGAAUCUUGGUGAGGCAGAGUAUGUUGUGGCACUCUUCAUGUAUAUGUGCCUGCUUGGUUAUCCUGCGGACAAGAUAAGCAUCCUGACAACCUACAAUGGACAAAAGCACCUGAUCCGUGAUGUCAUUAACCAGCGCUGUGGAAAUAAUCCACUCAUUGGAAGGCCAAACAAGGUGACAACUGUAGACAGAUUUCAAGGUCAACAAAAUGACUAUAUCCUCCUUUCACUCGUGCGCACCAAAGCUGUAGGCCACCUUAGGGAUGUCCGAAGAUUAGUUGUUGCCAUGUCAAGAGCCAGGCUUGGGCUUUAUAUCUUCGCCAGGGUAUCGCUGUUUCAGAACUGCUUUGAGUUAACUCCAGCUUUCAGUCAGCUCACAGCUAGACCACUUCACCUCCACAUAAUUCCCACGGAGUAUUUUCCAACAGCAAGACAGAAUGGAGAAAGACCUUCUCACCAAAUACAAGUUAUUAAGAACAUGCCUCAAAUGGCUAAUUUUGUGUACAAUAUGUACAUGCACGUGAUACAGACUACACACCACUAUCGACAGCGUUUACUGCCCCCACCUGCCAUGAUUGAAGAACCUGAAACCACUCAGACUCAAGAGACAGAAGCAGAAGUUGAAGCACAAGGUAUGCAGGAAGAUGCAGAAGAAGAAAAUAAGUCAGGGGAAGAAGUAAUAAAGGAAGGAGAAUUGAAAGUGGCAGAAGUGGAUGAACACCGGACGAUGCCAGAACACCCAGGGAGAGACAGUGACAGCGAAGACAGUGAGCCUGAGGAUGGGACCGAGAAGUGACUGAAGUGAUCUCUGUCCUCUACAGCUUUUGGGAAAAGGGACUGGAAGAGCAGAUAGUAACAACAUUGAUGUUUUUACAUGGACUUUUUAAAAUGGUCACCUGUGUAAUGUGACCUGUCUUAUCUGUCCACCGAAUACUUCAGUGGACAAACAAAAUAUUUGCCAGGUGUUAUACU